AUGUGGCCAUCUCUGCGUAUCGGAUCCGAAUCACAUUACCCGAAACCCAAUUCAGAUGACUUACUAACAACAGGAGAUAAACAACAGUUUACACAAACUGUUAAUAGUUGGGAGACUUCAGAGGUUUUCCGGCCAUCGCUCGCCGGUUUUCCUUAUCCUAUUUGUUCAUCUUCCUUGGGAGAAGCUUAUUGUUCCAUCAAUGGCUUUUCUUUUCCUAAUCUCUUCCAAUCAUGCAGACAGUUAACUCGAGUUCGAUUCCCUUCUCUUCCAAGGUCUCAGUUCACUUCUUCCCGUCUCAGAAUCCAAUUUACCUUUAGACCCGGAAAGUUAACUGUUUCACUCACAGGUCUGUCAUCAUCAUCCCAUGAUUCUCAUCCGUCGGUAAACCCAAUAACAGACGGUGAAGAUUCAGUUUCCGGUGGAAAGGAGCUUUGGCUACACAACACGAUGAGCAGGAAGAAUGAGCUGUUUAAGCCCAUUAGCGCAAGGUCGAAGGUAAAGUUGGAAUGUACGUCUGUGGUGUCACUGUUUACGAUCUCAGAGCCACAUUGGACACGCACGCGUCUACGUCACCUUCGAUGUUCUCUUGAGGUAUCCACUUGGAAGAAAAAAGCUUAA